AUAUAUGUGUCGUCGUUAGCAAAUAACCACAGCAAAACACAUCAUAGAAAUCUUCAAACCCCAAAGCCAAGGCCUCUGGAGACAGACAGGGGCUUCUCUAAACUACACCCGCCGUCAAAAAUAUCAAAAACCCACCACUCUAUAGAUCCUUUUAUCCUGGCAGAAUCAAUUGAGAAUGGAGAGGGAGUUGGUGGAGUUAUUUGAUAAAGCAAAGAAAGCUGCAGAUGCUUCUCUCAAUGACGACACGUCGUCUAGUGGACCGGAGGUGUCUCGGUGUGUUGAUUCGUUGAAACAGCUCAGGAAGUUUAAAGUUACCAGUGAAAUUCUGGUUUCCACUCAGGUUGGGAAAAAACUUCGACCCCUUGCAAAGCAUCCUAAGGAUAAAAUCCGAGCUGUGGCCUCUGACUUGCUUGAGAAGUGGAAAAAGAUAGUCAUUGAUGAGACUAUGAGAAAGAAAAAUGGUAGCAUUGACAAUAAUAGUUCAGUAACUGCUGAGGUAUCAAAAUCAGCGACUGUCAAAGUUGAGAAGCUUCAAAAGACUAGUAUGGUAAAGGUUUCAACCUCAGAAACUGUCAAAGUUGAGAAGAUGGAUCAGGAUAAGACUGUCAAGGUUGCGCAGACAUGCAAGGAGGAAAUCCAGACUUCAAGUGUGAAGAAACCAUCACAAGCACCUACUGGUCCACCAAAGCUGAAGACACUGGUUAAAUGCAAUGAUGCUUUACGCGACAAAAUUCGUGAACUUCUUGCAGAGGCUUUGUCCAAAGUUGCCAGUGAAGCUGAUGAGGACAUUAGGGAUGAAGUAGAGGCAUGUGACCCAAUCCGAGUUGCUGUCUCAGUAGAAUCUGCAAUGUUUGAAAAGCUGGGUCGGUCAAAUGGAGCUCAAAAAAUGAAGUACAGAUCCAUAAUGUUCAACAUCAAGGACCAAAACAACCCGGAUUUGAGGAGAAAAGUUCUUCUUGGACAGGUUCAACCACAGAGGCUUGUUACAAUGCCCCCUGAAGAAAUGGCAAGUGAACAACGGAAACGUGAGAAUAACCAAAUUAAAGAGAAAGCAUUGUUUGAUUGUGAACGAGGUGGUCAAGCGGAAGCCACAACUGAUCAGUUUAAGUGUGGUCGUUGUGGACAGCGCAAGUGCACUUACUAUCAGAUGCAGACCAGGAGUGCCGAUGAACCUAUGACAACUUAUGUAACAUGUGUAAACUGUAACAACCACUGGAAGUUCUGCUAAUCUGAUCUUAGGUAGGACUGCUCUUCUGUAGAACAGGUAUGGAGCUGGUUAUCUGGGAAGCUCCUGUUUAUAACUGAGUCAUCAUUUCAGUUGGUUGUCUUAGGUAUUUGGCAGUGUAUUUCAUUCAUUUCCAUUUCUGUAGCCUGCAGGAACAUUUUGUUUUGAGGUACGUCCGGGCUUCUGGUCUUGUCAUUUGAUGACUUUAGCCAGACCUGAGAUUGGAACAUUCUGGUUAACUCAACUUAUUAUUUUAGUGUAAUUUUAUUUGUUGUUUUACAA